AUGGCACCACCAGAAACUAGUCGUUAUACAACAGCAAAACCUGAACAUCCCAAUCAGGACCUGUCAAUCUUCUUGUCACAGACUGUGGUAGGAGUUCUGGGCAACUCCUAUCUCCUCCACCGUUAUCUGUUGUUUCACUUCAGGGAGUACAGGUUAAGGUCCACAGACUGCAUUCUGAUGCACUUGACUAUAGCCAACAUCUUAAGUCUGUCCUGUAAAGGGGUACCCCAGAUAAUAGCUGUGUUUGGAUGGAAAGACUUCCUCAGUGAUUUUGGAUGCAAAGGGCUUUUCUACCUCCACAGAGUGGGUAAAGGUGUGUCCAUAGGCAGCACUAGCUUCCUGAGUGUCGUCCAGGCCAUCACCAUCAGUCCAAGGGACUCCAGGUGGGCAGAGUUUAAAGGAAGAACACACAAAUACAUUGGGUCUUCUGUGUACCUGAGCUGGAUCCUGUACAUGUUUGCCAGUAGUUUUAAUCUUGUGUAUGUGAGAGCAAAAUAUAGCAAGAACAACACAGCAAACCUAGAAGAUCUGGGAUACUGUGCUGCUGAUAAUCUUGAUAAAACCAGUGACAUAGUGUACAUAACCUUCCUGUCGGUUCCUGAUUUUCUCUUUGUGGGGCUCAUGGUCUGGGCCAGUGCCUACAUGGUUUUCAUCCUGCACAGACACAAGCAGAGGAUGCAAUACAUGCCCAGGUCCAAGGUCUCCUCUAGGUCUUCCCCUGAGUCCAGAGCCACCAAAACUGUCCUUCUCCUGGUGAGCACCUUUGUGUUCUUUUACACACUCUCCUGCAUAUUUAUCAUCUGUUUAGCUUUUUUUCUUAAUCUCAGUUGGCUCCUGGUGAGUGUGUCUGUGUUAGUUGCUGGGUGUUUCCCAACUGUCAGCCCCUUCCUGCUCAUGAGCCAUUUCUCCAGUACAUCCUGUUGUCUGCUUUCUCUGAAAAAGAAAUAA